UUCUUUUCCUCAGCUCUCUCUCUCCUUUCCUUCUCCAUAACCUCUCUCUCUCUCUCUCUCUCUCUUUGUCUGUCUUGGAAAGAACUAAGACAUACAACAUAGGAAAUUAUGAUGAUGGGUUCACAGACAUCAGCCUUCCUCAAAGAGAACAGCCUCGUCUUCCACAAGAUCAUCAUGGUCCUGCUCCUAACCUGCACACCCGAGAGCAACACCAACGACCUCUUACCGUCAUCGAGUUAUCAUUCCUCAGUCCUUUCAUCGCUGAACCACCUCCCCUUUGAUGGCCACCUCACCUUCGACAACGUCCAGUUUGCUGCCAAGGACUUCGGGGGCAUGUUCAGCUCCCUCCCGCUCGCUGUCCUUCAACCGAGAUCGGUCUCCGACAUCUCCUUGGCUGUCAGGCACGUGUUCGAGCUGGGACCUGCCUCAGGCCUCACGGUCGCUGCACGGGGUCACGGGCACUCCCUCCACGGCCAGGCCAUGACCCGUGGAGGCUUGGUCAUCAGCAUGGAGUCGCUUCGUUGGCCAAAGAUGAGAGUCUUCACGGGGAGUUCUCCCUUUGUGGAAGUUUCGGGCGGGGAGCUCUGGAUCAAUAUUUUGCGUGAGACACUCAAAUAUGGGCUUGCACCGAAGUCGUGGACAGAUUACCUUCAUCUCACCGUUGGGGGGACUUUGUCGAAUGCGGGAAUAAGCGGGCAGGCUUUCCGGCACGGCCCCCAGAUCAGCAAUGUUUACGAGCUUGAGGUCGUUACAGGAAAGGGAGAAAUUUUUACCUGUUCAGAGAAGCAAAACUCCGACCUGUUUUACGGCAUUCUAGGAGGACUCGGACAAUUUGGAAUCAUCACCAGGGCUAGAAUAUCUCUAGGACCUGCUGCAAAGAGGGUGAAGUGGAUCAAAGUGCUCUACCACGACUUCGCCUUAUUUUCCAAGGACCAAGAGCACUUAAUCUCCCUCGAGAAAACAUUCGACUAUGUAGAAGGAUUUGUGAUGAUAAAUAGAACGGGUCUCCUGAAUAGGUGGAGGUCGUCCUUCAUUCCCAAGGACCCCGUCCAAGCAAGCCGGUUCACUUCGGAGGGAAAAACACUGUACUGUCUUGAGCUCGCGAAAUACUUUGACCCCGAAGAGUCUGAACUGGUGAACCAGGAAGUGGAGAGGCUACUCAGUAAGCUGAGCUACAUAUCUUCUACCCUCUUCCUGUCAGAAGUUUCUCUCCUUGAGUUUCUCGACAGAGUGCACAUUUCCGCGCUGAAACUCCGGGAAAAAGGCCUGUGGGAAGUUCCUCACCCAUGGCUGAAUUUUCUAGUUCCGGCGAGCCAGAUUAAGGAGUUUGCAGGAGAAGUCUUUGGCAACAUUCUGACGGACGGCAUCAAUGGUCCUAUUCUCAUCUACCCGGUCAACAAAUCCAAAUGGAACAACAGGACCUCGUUAGUCACUCCACCGGAAGACACAUUCUACAACGUGGGUUUCCUAUCCUCUGUGCCUCUAUCAACCGGAAAGGACGGGUUGGAACACAUUCUGGCCCAAAACCGGAAAAUAAUAGAAUUCUGUGACUCAAAGCUUCGGGGAACAAAACGUUAUCUUUCCCAUUACAGCACGCAAGAAGAAUGGAAAGCUCACUUUGGGACCCAAUGGGAAGUUUUUGUGAGGAGAAAACUCGAGUACGACCCUCUUGCGAUUCUUGCCCCGGGACAGGGAAUCUUCGAAAAGAGAAUCCAAGUCACAUACUAAUGGACUUCUGUGCCCGCAUCGCGAAAAAUGGGGAAAGGACACCCUGAGGAAAUAGGAUCGUAGGAGUUGCCCUUAACUGUAGAUUACAAUAACUACAUAAAUUUCAUUCAGCAGUAUCCCUUUUUGGGCUCGCCAACAGCUGUUCAGAACAUCAGAUAGGCUUUCUGUUUGGUCUUAUAUAUAUAUUUCAACUGGAGAUAUAUGA